AUGGCGUCAAACAAUACCAAUAACCAGUCCUUGACCCAUGAGCUCCUCUCGCGCGCCCAUAGCCCCGAUAGCACAAACCGUAUCUACUCCGAAAAGAUCCAACACCGUCCUCUCUUCCUUAAGCCCACCUCUCCACCUCCGUCCAACGCCCGCGACGCUCGACGUAGAGCCCGAGUCGAGAAGCAGAAGCGCCUAAAAGCGCUGAAGCCGAAACCCCUCUCGGCGCGGCAGCGCCGGAAGCUUGGUCUCUACGAUGUCCCAAAAGAAGGUCGAAAGUAUACCAUCUUUGAACCGCUCAACCAACUAUGGUUGGGCUACAUUCGUGAAAUACUCGGCAGUGAGCUAUACACCGGGGGACAGGGUGCCGCCGCUAAACUGAGUGCUGCCGACCUUCACGGUGCUAAAGUUGAGGUGUCGCGCAGUAGCUGUCCUAGUCGUGUCGGCCUACAAGGAAUCGUGAUCAAAGAUGCGCGCUUCGUCUUUGAAAUUAUUACCCCGAAGAACCAGAUAAAGACUGUGCCCAAGGAAGGGACCGUGUUCCGUAUCAGCGUCCCACCAGUUCAGCAAGGAAACACUGUAGACUCGGCCCAGGAUCAAAAGGCAUUCAUUUUCGAGGUUCAUGGCGACCAGUUUCAGUAUAGGUCAGCUGAUCGUGCGAAUAAAAAAUUCAAGCCUCAUUUCCUAGAGAAUCUUUGA